AAUAAAGUUGAAUGACUCAAGUGUUGUCACAGAUGCCAUUUGCAAGAUUAGCAUGAAGUAAAAAGGAAUGCUCAGACUAAAAUAAGAACUACGGAACAUCUCAGGCAUCCAGCAAAAACGAAUAAAUUAAGAACAGCUUCAUUGGAGAUGGAAGUCGAAUCAGAAGUCAGCGUCAUCCGGAGUACCAGAGUGGUUGUGAAUGAUAUAAUUUGCCCAGCUGAUGUUGUGAUUCAGAAUGGCAAAAUUGCAGAAAUCAGUCCUAUAAAACUGAGAUUAAGAAAUAUCAAAGAAAAGGUCCUUGAUGUUGGAAACCGAUUGGUCAUGCCAGGAAUUGUUGACUCUCAUGUCCAUGUGAAUGAACCAGGACGCACAGAAUGGGAAGGUUACUGGACAGCUACAAGGGCAGCUGCUGCAGGAGGAAUAACUACGAUUGUGGAUAUGCCACUGAAUAGUAUCCCUCCUACAACCACCCUCGAGAACUUUGAUACUAAGUUGGAAGCUGCUGAGGACAACUGCUUUGUUGAUGUGGCCUUUUGGGGAGGUGUCAUCCCUGGAAACCAGGCCGAACUGUACCCCAUGAUCCAGGCAGGUGUGUCAGGAUUCAAGUGCUUCAUGAUCCACAGUGGAGUGGAAGAGUUCCCUCAUGUAACAGAGACAGACCUGCACAAUGCCAUGGCUCAGCUACAAGAUACAGAAAGUGUGCUUCUGUUUCAUGCAGAGAAGGAAACUCACCAAGAAAAGGCAGAGUCGAAUGAUCCUUGUGAGUACGACACCUUCCUAAACUCUCGUCCAGAUGUAAUGGAAGUAGAAGCUGUAAACACCGUGACCGAUCUCUGCCUACAAUACGAUGUUCGCUGUCACAUUGUUCAUCUGUCGUCUGCUAACACUUUGAAUAUAAUUGAAAAUGCUCGCCAGGCUGGAGCACCUCUGACUGUUGAGACCACACAUCAUUACCUCACUUUGGCUGCUGAACACAUUCCACCAGGUGCCACCCACUUCAAGUGCUGCCCUCCAAUCAGAAGCAAAGAGAACCAGGAGAAACUAUGGGAAGCUCUGAAAGAUGGACGGAUUGAUAUGGUGGUAUCGGACCAUUCCCCAUGCACAGCUGACCUGAAGUUGCUGCAAGAUGGAGACUUCAUGAAGGCUUGGGGAGGCAUCUCAUCAAUGCAGUUUGGUCUUCCUCUGUUCUGGACUGCUGCUCGACAGAGAGGUUUAUCAGUGCAAGAUGUAAUACGACUAAUGUGCCAAAAUACAGCCAAGCUGGCAGGCCUGGAGGACAGAAAGGGAUCACUAAUAAAGGGUAAAGAUGCAGACAUUGUCAUCUGGGAUCCAGAUAAAGAGUUUGAGGUGAAGGAAGAUUUGAUCCAUCACAAGAAUAAGCUCACACCAUAUUUAGGAUUUCGCUUGUAUGGUGAGGUCUAUGGAACAAUUGUGCAAGGAAAGCUGGUGUACUUUAAGGGCAGAUUUGCCCCUAAGCCCCAUGGGGAGCUUCUCCUUGUUCGACGCCAGAAGGCAGAGAAAAUAUUUCAACCCUACUACUGAAGUAAUCAGAAAUUUUAGGAAAUCAGUGAAUGCUAGUAUUUCAAUAUCAGUAAAGAGCACACAUACAUAGAAUCCACUUUGAAAAGAAGGUAACAUUAGAACAGUUUUUGGCAUUAGAAAUUUAAAAUGCGUUCGCAUUAUUUACUUCAGGGUACAACUCUGGCUGAGACAGAUGUAAGCGAAAGAAUCAAGCUUUAUUAGUUCUGCUGUGUAAUUCAUCCACUCUCCUUUAAUGUUUGAGAUAUGUAGAAAUAGUAAAAAGGAAAACUAUUCUUUGUUAUUGUGCCCUUUUUGCUUUAUUUUGUAAGCUGAACUUAUUGUUGCUAGUUAAUAUUGAAUUAAACAUAUGUAAUUACAA